AGAAAAGGCCAUGGAAACAUCAUCAACAUCUAAGAAGAAGACAAUUUCCACCAUCCUCAUCAUCAUCGGUACUUACCCUUUCUCCUCUUCUUCCAUUUCUACUUCCUUUCUCAUUCCUUGCUUUUCCCUUUUCUUUUUUCUUCUACAAUCAGUGAUGCAGACGGAGGCUCUUCUUAUCGUCAACAGGUUUUAUCUCUAUGAUGACCCCGAUGCCAUCCAAAUCCAGAAGUUUGUGAUUGGGGCUCAACAAUGAAGAAAAGUGACCGCGAACCCGCACCUAAAAAGCCUCGAAUUGGAACACCGUCACCAUUACUGACUUUUAAGGUCCAAAAUGAGAAAUUAAGAGACAGAAUCACUGCACUCCAGCAACUGGUUUCACUUUUUGGAAAGGUGGAUACCACAUUCAUUCUAUUCGAAGCAAUUGAAUACAUUAAGUUCCUCCAUGAACAAGUCGGUGUGCUUGAGGAAGGAGGUGUAACACUGGAGAAGAUUCACACCAGCGUGAAUCCGACAGACAUGCUCACCAAAGUCUUUCCUAAAGAGAAGUUCAAGUUCUGUGCUACUUCUCUAGACUUGACGAUGGCGUAAAAGAAGGAUGGAGUGUGCACGAGAAGCAUUGAUUGAAGCUAUGAUGUGAUGUAGAGAUAAAAGAAUAUGACAAUAAGCUACAUGUUUGAAGA